AGCAAGUUGGAAUACACUGUUUGCAGGAACAAGGCGAGACUUUGCAGGGGACACCAGGUCCUGGACAGCGGUAAAAGUGAUUUGAUACCUGAGCUAUGUCGGCUCCUCCCCCUCCACCCCCACCUGCACCACCUCCACCAUUUUGUGGCCCACCUGCACCAACCCAGGGUAGAUCAGCUCCUGUAAAACCAAAACAAGAAUUAUCAGGCCGUUCAGCUUUGCUUUCUGACAUUGAAAAAGGGGCACGUUUGAAAAAAGUAGCACAGACCAAUGAUCGAAGUGCGCCUCAAAUUCAAAAUGCUAAAAAAAACUCAGAAAAUGUCAAAGCUUCAGGGUUACCUACCCCAGGAGGGUUAUUUGCCGGAGGAUUUCCUGCACUUAAACCAAUGGGCCAAAGAGAUACUCCAGGAACUAAAAUUGCUGUCCAGGCUUCAGGACCAAGAGCAAGUUCUCCAAAACCGCAAGAACAAAAAGCAAUAAUAGAAAAUAUUCUGAAAGUUCCUGUGCUCCCGAUCCACCUAAACCAGCAAAUAAUUAUUUGUCAUCCACCUGUGCAUUGAGAACUCCCCCACCAAGACCAAACAUUCUUGGUACUUCAUAUCGUCCACCACCUCCAGUUCCACCAACUGGCAGUAAACCUCAACUGCAUAUGCAGCCAUCUUCAGCUGGGCCACCAUUUAAAGAAAGGUCAGCAAAAAAUGCAUUGCCAAAUCCUCCACCAAUACCACCUCCACUUCCUCAAGAGGAGAAACCAUCAAGGAAUCAAGAUACUUCUCAUACUUUGAAUCCAGCACCAUCUGCACUUCUUCUUCAUCCUGGAUUUCAUGGAAGAAAAUCAGAAUUCUUAAACCCUUCUCCUCCACCAAAUGAAGAUAUGGUAUAUGCCAACGAUCUUCUUCCUCCUCCUUUUGUAAAUCAUGAAGAUCAAGAAAGUGCAUUUGAGCAAUAUGACGAAUACCCUUUAAAAAAAUAAUAUUUUGCCUCCUCCUCCCCCACCUCUUCCAUCUAUGUCGUUAUUUGAUAAACGAAGAUUAUCUGAGCCAUUUCCACUACCUCCAAAUUAUAUUUUGGAACAGAGCAGAACACAUCCAUCAAAACCUCAACCAUCCCCUCCUCCUAUACCUGGAAGAUUAAGGAGAAAUGCAGUGCCUCCUCCUGCUCCUCCUCCAAGGUCACCGAAUACAGAACUGUCCAACAACCAGAGACGUAAUUCAUCACCCCAAACCAUCCCUCUUCCUCAUCACGGAUUCAAGGGCCAACAUCAGAGAGACCCCCCACAGGAAGGGAAUCGGAAACCAAAAAGAUGAUUUUGAAUCUAAAUUUUCCUUUCAUACAUUGGAAGAUGUACAACCCCCAGAGAUAUUUGUGUUUAUAGAACGCAUUUACCCUAGCAGGUUGUGUGGAAGACGCCAAGAACCACCAUCUCCACCACCGCCACCUCCACCAAUGAGACACCAGAGAUGAGAAUAGUGUAUCUGCAAUGACCAAUGAACAAAAAGGGGAUAUAUUUGUAAAAAAAAAAAAAUCCGUCAUAAUAUGAUUUCCUCUAGUACUUGUUCCUAUUAUACUAGGAAUAUGUUCUAUUCUAAAUUAAUAUUAUAUUCUAAUCUAAAGCAAUAGAGAACCCAACUGUAAUAUACUUAUGUAUGGACCUUACCAUAUAUUUGGUAUAUGAACGUUUUAAUUCAAAUGAUUAAUGAAGGGAUUCUUCAAAAACAGCAAUGCUAAUGCUGAUGUGUAUAACAUUACCGUGUUGCAUGUUUUUUUUUAAUGUACCAUGUGACUAUACAUUUUUAGAUGAAGGGUAUUUCUUGACUUUAUAAAUGCCUCAGAAUAUUCAUGUAGAGGCCUAAGACAGGCUUCUGCAAAAGAUUAGUGGCUGCUGAAUAUGUUGUUUGCCAUCCUGUA